UCGAGGAGCGUUCUUGUCCUGCAAAUUUUGCUGUUACUCGAAAAGUCGUCUGCGCGGCAAUCGAGACGCCGGCAAAGUCUUUGACGCGCCUAGCCAUACGCAAGGAUGUGAAGGAGAGCAUGGAGUGAUGACUUUGGAAACACAUAGAUGGCGUUCCUCGCUCAAAAGCCGAAUUUCGGUACAGCACCUGUAGCUGUCGUAAACUUUACCUUCAUCUGACUACACAGAGUUUUACCGUAUGCCGAAAUGCGUCUCUCGGCGGUUUGCAUCUUCUGGGGCAUCGUCAUCCCAUUGCUGGGACAGGCUAGAGCUGCGAUUGUGUAUCGCGGCGACAAUCGUCCUCCAACCGAAAUCAUGGCAGAAAACCCACCCGGAUUCCAUUGUAAAGCACGUGGAAAACCGGAUGCAAAGCGAGGCACUUUGGCGCAGCACGUAUCGACAUCUGGAAAGGCUGACAUAUACGAUUCAUAUAUUUCGACGACAAAAAUCAUACGUGAGGCCAGGAAGCGACCAUGGGUAUACUAUAUCGAUAACAGCAAGAUCCAGGAGAAGCAAGUUGAUCUUGCGGAAUAUUUCGCGGGAAGGACGAACCCAUUCGAAAAGGAGCAGGAGAUUUCAGUCCUCAACUUCAUUCCUUGGGAAGCAGUAAUCCGCGUGGACAGGAAGACGGACACUGGCUGGGUUCAGGAGUCAGUAGCCGGACUACAGCGGCCCGCGAGCGCUGCCGGAUCAUCUCAACCUCAACAAGUGAGUCAGGCCGACUCAUCGAAGCCUCCGACGCAAGCUGCGCCGGCGAACCAAGAUGUCGCUACAGAUCCGUCAAAGGAACCGGCACAGGUGGCACCGGGGAAGCAAACGCCUCAGGUCGGUUCAUCGAAGCAAAAGACGCAAGCUGCCCCAGAAGAACAAGUCGACCCGGCGGGACAGAAACAGAGCGAUUCGUCGAAGCCGCCGACACAGGCGGUAACAUCGAAUCAAGGAACACAAGCUGGCUCGUCCAAGGGACAAGCUCAAGCUGCCCCAGCUGGUCAAGGGGCGCCCGCAAAGGAAGCACCUAAGACUAGUUCAUUCAUGUCGCCAACGCAGUCGUCCAAGGGAAAGCAGAAAGCCAAACAUCCACGUGAUUUCUCCCUAGAAGAUGAGGUCGACGAAAAUACCAAUGACAGCGACAGCGAGGCUGAAGGCGAAGAGGAUACUGGUGUAGACGCCCAGUGAAGCUGAUGAAAUCAGUUCAAAUCGCACGGGCGUAUGCUCAAUUUCACCCAUGCAGGGAUAGCGGUGCAUCGGGCAUGUAUCGGGAGAGAGGAUACCAUUUGAAGGCCUACUUUGCACGCUGGUCGUGCUCGUAGCAUUGCUCAAAUGACUGGUGCAUGCCAUCGGC